AGUCAACCACAGUAUAUUCCAGAACUUGAACACGAUGCUCACGCCCAGGCUUCCAGCCAGCCACUCGGUCCCACACCUGUCCAGGCCCGUCGUUGCCUCUUGCACCGCCACACCAGGGCCUGCUGAGCCUGUGGGGCUGGGGCUCUUUGGGGGCAGCAGCCAACACCUCUGGAGCCCGGGCAGGGCUGUGGGUGCCAGGAAGAAUGAUCCAGUGUGCAGGAAGACUCCAGGGGCCCCAGGCAUGGCUGUGGAGAACCAGUCCAUGGGCACCCAGUUGACCAGCACAGUUGAUGACAUGUUGGAGGAGGGGGAGCCGGGCUCGGCUGCCUCGGAGACGUUCCCUCGGCUGGAGCCACCACCCACUGUCCCCCGGAAGCGGAUCCCAAGAGCCCUGAAGACACCCCAGGACAUGCUCAUCUCCUCCCAGCCUGUCCUCAGCAACCUAGAUGGAGACCCUAAACUGACCCCUGGGUGGCCCCCGGACCCCCCACUGGCUCCCACGGACAGGGCAAAUACAGACCCAGAGGCACCCAAUGGAGAAGUGCCUGACCUGUUGUACCAGGACAGCCAAGAUGCAACCACCACCAAGCCAGCGUCCCCCCACAGCUCCCCUCAGGCCCGGUCCCCCUGCCUGGACCCUGAUGCCCCUCAUCCGGACCUACUGGCCUUUGAGUAAUGCCACCUGUUGUGCCUUCUCACAUUUUCGUGGGGCCUGACCACAACCCUGAGGACCGAGGGUCACGACGAGUGCAGUGGGGGUGAUCGUCGCAGGCCCCUCCUGGGACAUGUGCCUCUCAUGGGUGACCAGGGGUCAGAAGGUGCUGGCUUGAUGAUGGGGCCACCCCAGUAAGCCCCCAAGGUGAGCCCAUUCGUUCCCAGCUCCUGUUUCCGUGUUAUCAGAUGGAAGCUGAGAAGGUCCACACAGGACAGGGAGCUACUCUGU